AUGGGAAAAGAUAAAAAUCCCCAAAAAGAAAAAGCUUUUGUGCACAAAAUCGAUGACGCAGUGGAAACGACUGGAAAGGCUGUUGGAGGCGUUGGAGGAGGUCUUACUGGGGCUGGGGCCGGUGCAAUCAUAGGAACGGUCAUUUGCCCCGGAAUCGGAACAGCCAUUGGAGCCGCUGCAGGAGCCGUCGGUGGCGGCGCUGGCGGAGCUGCUCUUGGAAAAUUGACUGGAAAAGUCGUCACGGGAGUGCGAAAAGUCGGAAGUGGAGCGCUUCGAGGAGUCACUGGACAGAAAAAGACAACCAAACAAGAGCCCGGAGACCAGCGUCAACUCAUCGAAGCUUCUGCCCCUGAUCUUGAAGAACCACCAUCUCGACCACCCCAACCAGCCGUUGUUUACCCCGCCCACGCUCAGCAACCACAUCAAUCGACUCCUUACCCAACAGCUGCUGAUCCAAAUGCACCACCGCCAUACGCUGUACAUGACGAUUUCUCCUCCCCUCCACCAUAUCCCGCCAACUCCGCAACAUCUGGCCUUUACCCAAGCUUGCAAUAA